AGUACCAGGAUGUAAUAUCUCUGCUAUAAAUUGAGUUAAAAUGUUGUUUCUCUAUGGUUUUCUGACCUACUGAUUCUGUUUUCUCAGUAGCAAUGGUUUCUAUUGUUUUAUGGUGUCUUCCAUUUGUUCUUUCCUUUCUUGGUUCUUUAGCGCAACCCCAGAUAAUCACUAACACAAUAAACUUGGGUGCCAGCAUGACUGCUGGGACUAAUUCUUCGUGGCGAUCACCCUCUGGUGAUUUUGCUUUUGGGUUCUAUCCUCUUCUUAAUGGCUCGUUCCUUGUUGGAAUCUGGUUUGACAAAAUCCAAGAAAGAACACUAGUUUGGUCAGCGAACCGUGAUGAUCCAGCUCGAAUUGGAUCAACCAUCAAUUUCACACUCGAUGGCCAGCUUGUUCUUACACACUCAAAUGGAACUGGAUACUUAAUAUACAAUGGAACUUUCGGUGCUAGUUCUGCUCUGAUGCAAAAUGAUGGCAAUUUUGUUGUAAAAACCAAUUCUUCCAAAGUUAUCUGGCAAAGCUUUGAUUCUCCAACAAACACCAUUUUAUUAGGCCAAGUCCUAGUAAUGGGCCGAAAACUCUACUCCAACGCAAAUGGAACAGUUGACUACUCGACUGGGCAGUACAUGUUAGAGGUUCAAAUGGAUGGUAAUGUUGUUAUGUCUGCAUAUAAGUUCGCUGAUCCUGGUUACUGGUACACUUUGACAGCAGGAAACCUAAGUGUGAGCCUGAUUUUCAACCAGACUACAGCUUUUAUGUAUGUUGUGAAUCACACUUCAAUUAGGUAUCCUAUGACAAGUCAAGUUCCCACUCCGAUUGGAGAUUACUAUCACCGAGCAACGAUCAAUGACUAUGGAAAUCUUCAACAGUUUGUUUACCACAAAGAAAAUGGAAGCGGGUGGACCGUUGUGUGGGAGCCAGAAGAUAUUAAAGCUGAACCUUGCUCACCGUAUAAUAUCUGUGGAGUUUACGGCUUCUGCACUUCGAUUGAUAACACAAUAAACUGUGAAUGUUUGCCUGGCUACUCACAAUGGGAUCCAAGCAUUCCCUCAAAAGGAUGCUAUCCUGAUACGGUGAUAGAUUUCUGUGCUCCAAAUUCUUCGGCUUCAAAUUUCUCUCUUGAAAAGAUAGAUAAUGCAUAUUUUCCAAACGAUAUAUUUGCAGAUAUGGCCAGAGUCACAGAAGCCGAUGUAGAAGAAUGCAGGAAGGCGAUAAUGGAUGACUGUUUUGCUGUGGCUGGUGUCUUGGUUGGGUCUGUGUGUUACAAGAAGAGAACGCCUUUGCUUAAUGCUAGAAGCAGCAACCCUUCUACUAAUAAUAGAGUGGCGUUUAUAAAAAAACCCAAGGCACACAACAACAAUCAAAUUCAAGACAAAGAUGAUGAUUCUCCUUCUUGGAUUGCUCUUCUAGCAGGCUUAUUAUUAUGUUCAAUAAUGACGUUACUCUUUGCCACCAUUGCCAUUUAUCAUCACCCUCUUGCUCAGCCUUACAUUAGUCAAAAGCAGCUCCCAGUGCCAAAGCCUGUAGAGAUCAAUUUGAAGGCAUUUUCAUUCCAGGAAUUGCUUCAAGCAACGAAUGGUUUAAGGAACAAACUUGGGAGAGGUGCUUUCGGAACUGUCUAUAGUGGGGUGUUAACCUUGGAGGCUGAAGAGGUUGAGAUUGCUGUCAAGAAGCUUGAAAAGGUCAUUGAACAAGGUGAGAAGGAAUUCUUAACAGAAGUCCAAGUAAUUGGACUAACUCACCACAAGAAUCUUGUGAGGCUGGUGGGUUUUUGUAAUGAGAAAAAUCACCGGCUUUUAGUUUAUGAGCUAAUGAAGAAUGGUACUUUAUCGGAUUUUCUGUUUGGAGAGGAGAGGAGGCCCAGUUGGGAUCAAAGGGCUGAAACUGUGUAUGGAAUUGCAAGAGGUUUGUUAUACUUGCAUGAAGAGUGUGAGACGCAGAUCAUUCAUUGUGACAUAAAGCCGCAAAAUGUUCUUCUUGACAAAAAUUACACGGCCAAGAUAGCUGAUUUUGGCCUAGCGAAGCUCCUGAAUAAAGACCAGACUCGAACGAGCACCAAAGUUAGAGGAACAAUGGGAUACAUGGCACCUGAAUGGCUAAAAAAUGCUCCUGUGACUACCAAAGUUGAUGUUUACAGCUUUGGGGUUGUGUUGCUGGAGAUUAUUUUUUGUAGAAAGCACAUAGAGUUGCAUCAAGUUAAUGAAUCAACAGAGGGUAACGAGCUGAUUCUAAUUGAUUGGGUUCUAUGCAAUGUGAGAGCUGGUAACUUACACGCCAUUGUCAGCCAUGAUUCUGAAGUCCUGGAAGAUUUUUGCAGGUUUGAAAGAAUGGUCUUGGUGGGUUUAUGGUGCAUAUGUCCCAACCCAACUCUUCGACCAUCAAUGAACAAGGUUACGCAGAUGCUGGAAGGAACUAGUGAAGUUGAUGUUCCCCCUUUGAUCGAUGCACAGAUUUUUUAAACAAGAUUAUCGUUAUGUCUGUUUCAUGAUUUCGGUAUUGUAUUGAAAUUAUAAGGUGGCGCAAUCCACACCAUGCUUUGUUUUUUAUUGGUUUUGGAAGCUUGUUUAAGAUCAUAAUAGUUUGGAGCCCUUUGCUCAGUGAUUUCAUUAUUCGGAAGACAACUAGUUUUCUUCCACUAUCUGGUUGAGGCAACUAGCCUUCUUAAUUGGGUUUCCUUCCUUUAGCUCAGCAGCUGCUGCUGUGUUAUUUCGCAGUUUCUCUUUUGAGCUUUGUAUGGUGAUGGCUUUGUUAUCUCUAUAUAUGAGGAGGUAGUUUGUUGGGAUC